AUGCUUCAGAUGAAAUUGGGAGAGUCGGUCAUAGACUAUUUUUCUCAAAUGAUGGCAAUCGUCAACAAGAUGCGUAUCCAUGGAGACAAGAUAGAGGACGUAACUGUAAUUGAAAAAAUUCUUCGAUCAUUGACGUCAAAAUUUAACUAUGUGGUUUGUUCAAUUAAAGAAUCAAAGGAACUUGAUGAUCUUUCAAUUGAUGAGCUGCAAGGUUCGUUGUUGGUUCAUGAACAAAAAUUUAAACAGCAAGAAAAGGAGGAGCAAGCAUUGCAGGUUACAACUAGCAACAAAUUUUCGGCCCCCAACUCAGCAGGCCGAAGAAGAGGAGGAGCCAGAGGAAACAAGGAUCAAAGAAGCCAACAACAAUUCCAACACCAAAAGUCUGAAGAUAACCAAUUUCAUGGUUCUCAAUGGAGAGGAAGAGGACGAGGAAACAACCAAGGAUGA